AUGGAGAUUAAAGUCGAAUUGGCACAACAAUUAAGUUUGGGUGAGAAACAAGUGAGUAAUUGGUUCAAAAAUCGAAGAGCGCAGUUCAAGAAAGAUAUUUCCAUGGCCAGGAAAUUCAAUCAUCCACGAGAAACUAUCACGGAAGUAUAUAACAAAGAUGAUGAAAAUAAAUUUAUGCCGGACAUUUCAGUUUAUAGUCUCAGUGAAGUAGAUUUAAAUACACCUACCGAAGUGAUGGCCUGGUCUUCAAAAAGUCCUGACAAUAUAUCGCCUACAUCUGCGGAAGAUGAUUUUUUGGAAAUAAGUAAUGAAGCUAUAAGUGAACAUCACGUGACUGUUGAACAGGAAGACAAUAGUCCCAGUCCUGAUGGAGCUGAUCUAUCAAUGUCUGAAUUGUUCCGGUACAUUUUUCAUGUUUACCAUAGUGUUUUCAUGAAUGAAUAUUAA